AUGGCCACCCAAGCGCCAUUCAGGUUGGGGAGGAAAGAACUGCAUCUUCCGAACUUCCUCGUAAUCCUCAAAUACAGUUCCUGGCUCCCUGCUAAUUACGCCUCGUUCAUUGUACCUAUCUGGUUCAGCAAGCUCGACCUCCGCGAUUACCUCUACCACGCCUACAACGUCCGAGUGGGACCUUCUAUCCGCUCCUACGUGAAACAGUCCCGCAUACAACAGGGUAAGGGAACAAGGAUCAUUCGGCCACAGUACAAACGAUGGCAUCGACCGAGGGCAACAAAACACAUGACGGUGGAGCUGGAGAGACCCUUUGUUUGGCCCGCUGAGCCGGCAGACUACACUGAUUGGAACAAGGAGGAGGUGAAGAUGGCGAGCGAGCAGCAAGAGGAGUUUAACGAGUCUCAGGGUCGAGCCAAAGAUGCUUUAGCGGUGAGUAACGAGCACAGGUCCAAGAUGAGGGAGCAAGCGAAGGCGUUGCUGGAAGGCAAGGUGCAAUGGCGGCCGAGCGCCAGUAAGGGAGGCAUGGGGCUCCGAAUGUAUGAGCGAUGA